AAUUUUAAGAAAGCGCCUCCAACCUUUCAAAAAAAAAAAAUGUCCCGGAAGUGCCUCCGCCCUCAGUAAUGAUGGGCACUUGGUUUGAGGGGGCGGGGCUGCGCCUGCGCAACAAGCUCCACGAGGGAAGAUGGCGGAUGACAAGGACUCUCUGCCUAAGCUUAAGGACCUGGCCUUUCUCAAGAACCAGCUAGAGCGCCUUCAGCAGCGUGUGGAAGACGAAGUAAGAAGUGGUGUGGGCCAGGAUGGCUCGCUCAUGUCCUCCCCAUUCCUCAAAGGCUUCCUGGCUGGCUACGUGGUGGCCAAACUGAGGGCAUCGGCGGUAUUGGGCUUCGCUGUGGGCACCUGCACUGGCAUUUAUGCAGCUCAGGCAUAUGCUGUGCCCAAUGUGGAGAAGACGAUAAGGGACUACCUGCGGUCGCUGCGAAAAGGGCCCGACUAG